CACAACCAUUAGUCCAUCCGUAGAAAGUAAAAACGUUACAAGCACUCCUGGUCAUUCGGUCACCGUGACCCCAACAGAGUUGAGUGAAAAUUCUACAGAUAUCUCGGAAAAUACAACCACUGCAUCGUACAAUGUGACGGAUGUUUCCGCAAGUACGACCAACGCGGCGACAUCUGCCGCUCAAACUGCAAACCCCGCGACCACUCCCAUGGAUGAAACUACCUCCAGGGCGGUGGAUGGAGACGGAACGACGACUACUUCAGCCAACACAACUGAUGAUGAUAUACAAACAGCAAUCCCGCCCGAAAGAGAUCAUGCGCUCCUUGUUAUUGUUAUAGCCGUCAUCAUCCCAGCGCUCCUCAUCAUCACAGUUGCAAGUAUCAUUAUCGUUAGGCGGCGAGUUAAGAGCACGUACUCGGUUCAGGAUGCGGUGGUUGAUAGUCAGAUGAGGGUCAUCAGGUCCAACAAGGACGAUGCAGACUGGGAGUUACAGAUGAGGACCCAGUCCUAUUAUGGCCGCACAGAUCCUUAACUCUUAAGGGACUGGGAGUUACAGAUGAGAGCCCAGUCCUAUUAUGGCCGCACAGAUCCUUAACUCUUAAGGGACUGGGAGUUACAGAUGAGAUCCUAGUCCUAUUAUGGCCGCACAGAUCCUUGACUCCUUAGGGACUUGGAGUUACAGAUGAGGACCCAGUCCUAUUAUGGCCGCACAGAUCCUUAACUCUUAAGGGACUGGGAGUUACAUAUGAGGACCCAGUCCUAUUAUGGCCGCACAGAUCCUUAACUCUUAAGGGACUGGGAGUUACAGAUGAGGGCCCAUUCCUAUGUUUUAUGUUUCCAGUUUUAUGUUGCAUUGAAUCUGUAAUGUAAUGUACCAUAACGAUAAAUUGUGUAAUUCGUGAAUAGAACAGACUGUGGUCAAAGGGUCACACCGUGGGACUCUUGUAUUAGUAUGUACAAAAUAUGCAUAGAUCAUGUGGAAAAGUUGCACUGAAGACAACCAAUGGUAAAAGAGGACCUGUGUGCAAAAUUGUAGGCCUAUAGUCGAUAUAACACACGUAAUAAUCACCCGGAGUCAAAUAUCCAUUCGGAAGUUGAUACAUACUCGAUUUACAAUCAUGUACAACAAACACUAGAAAUGAUCA